GAUUCUUUCUGUCUUUUCAAUAAACAGAGCGAGCAGCGCAUCAAGGCAGUGUCUUUCAUGGUUAUUUCUCAUAGCUUCUGAUCCUUAUUUGAGGAACCUUUACUGAAUUUUUCUAUUUGGUUGGGUGCACUGAUAUAUAUUUGCUUCCUGUGUUCAAUUAUUCAUUUUUCUUCUUUGGACCUUGAGAGACAAAUAAACUGGGAAGAAUCCAGUUAUAUGUGCUUCCAGAUUUUCAAGAUUCAUCAAAACUGUGCUAUAGUCUUUUGCAAUUCCUUAUGGAGGAGGGAUCCAAACUCUGCUGAAGUCAACAUGAACCUCUUGCUAACUUUCAUGAUACCUUAGUGGUCAUUUCACCUUUGGCUCUAUAUGGACAGUAAACUUUCAAUUUCACGUCCUUACAUCUGAUUUGAAGUGACCGUGACAGAAAGCAUAAGGUGUCUCUCGUUCUGUUUGGAGUCCUUGUUUACAGAAGAGUGAUGGAGAUGCUAUUAAGCACAAAAGGGAUCACCACAUGCCUGUUUUUCUUUGUAUUAAGUUUGGCAGCAGCUACUGAAAUACCAUUAUCAGUUGCGCAGCUUCCAAUGAUCACGGAGCAAUCUCACGCCCAGGUUGCCUACCCUUUUGAUGAGGACUUUACAAUUAAAUGUGAAGCGAGAGGAAACCCACAGCCCACCUUUAAUUGGACUAAGGAUGGAAAACCGUUCGAUUUAUUAUCUGACCCAAGGAUAGUUCCAUCUAACAACUCUGGAACGUUUGUGAUUCAAAACCGUGGAAUCAUCACCAAUUUUCAAGGGAAAUAUCGUUGCUUUGCAUCCAAUGUGCUGGGAACUGCCAUGUCAGAAGAAAUUGAGCUAAUUGUUCCAAGCGUACCAAAAUUCCCAAAAGAAAAAAUUGAGCCCCUUGAUGUGGAGCAUGGUGAUUCUGUGAUUUUGCACUGUAACCCCCCAAAAGGCAUCCCACCUUUGCAUAUCUAUUGGAUGAAUAUUGAUUUGCAGCACAUUCCGCAAGAUGAAAGGGUCUCCAUGAGCCUUAAGGGAGAUCUCUACUUUGCAAAUGUGGAAGAAAAUGACAGUCGAAGUGAUUAUUGUUGCUUUGCAGCAUUUCCAAGACUGAGGACAAUUGUACAGAAAAUGCCAAUGACGCUGAAGGUUUCCCGUUUUAAGCAUGCUAAUGACUCAGGCUCACCUAACGCUGCGGUUACUAAGGCGAAUUUUAUCAAGGAAAGAAAACCCAAACUGCUGAUCCCUCCUGAAUCUGCUGGCAGUAGCUCAUCAGUCACUGUCAUCAAGGGAGGUGUCCUGCUACUCGAAUGUAUUGCUGAAGGGCUCCCAACUCCUCACCUAAGCUGGGUCAAGGUCACUGGAAACUUACCCAAGGAUGAACCAGAAACAGAAAAUUUUGGGAAGAUAUUGAAGAUAGACCAAGUGACUGCAGCCGAUGAAGGAACAUACCAGUGCACGGCAAGCAACCCCAUGGGGAGAGCGAAGCACGAGUUCCACGUUCACGUGGAAGAGCCUCCUCGGUGGAUAAAGGAGCCCGAAGGUGGAGUUUACAGCGUAGGAACAAACCUGGUGCUGCUGUGCGAAGCUAUUGGCAACCCAGAGCCAACCAUUCAGUGGAAACUUAAUGGGAAGCCCAUCGAUAGUAGGAACUUCAGAGGGAGAAUCUCUGCCAGAGAGAUCAGCCUCACCAACCUCCAGCUGCAGGACAGUGCUGUGUACCAGUGCGAGGCCAGCAACAAGCACGGCACCAUCCUUGCCAGUGCCAACGUGAACGUCCUCAAUAUUGCUCCCUUAAUACUGACCUCAGAUGGUGAAAACUAUGCUACAGUUGUGGGUUACAGUGCCUUCCUGCACUGUGAAAUCUUUGCCUCGCCUGCAGCAGAUAUUAGAUGGACUAAGGAUGAUAGCAUAGAGCCACUUUCAACAUUACGCUAUGAGUUAAAUAAGAACGGCACCCUAGAGAUCAAAGAAACAAAGAAAGAAGACUCGGGAUCGUACGCGUGCUGGGCCGCAAACUCUGUUGGAAAAAGAGCCAUCACUGCUAAUCUGGAUAUAAGAGAUGCUACAAAACUUGUUGUUACUCCGAAGAACCCCCGAGUGUUGAAAUCACAUUCAAUUUUAUUGAAAUGUCAGUCUGAGUAUGAUUCACACUUGAAACACAGUUUUAAAUUAUCCUGGAGGAAAGAUGGAGAUGAGCUGCCAGUCAACAGCACAGAAGAUGGCAGGAUAAUUCUGGACAGGGAUACACUGUUCAUAUCAAGCGUGACACUGGCGGAUCAAGGAGUUUACACGUGUGUGGCUAGCACUUCUCUAGACAGUGUCACAGCUGAAUCACAGUUAAUUGUUCUUGAUGUUCCUGAUCCUCCAGAAGACCUUCAGCUCUCAGAAAAUCAAAACCGAAGUGUUCGACUAUCUUGGAAAGCUGGGGCCAAUCAUAACAGCCCUAUUAAUGAGUCGAUUAUAGAGUUUGAAGAGAACAGGUGGGAGCCAGGGAGGUGGCAGGAGCUAACCCGAACUCCGGGGAAUGACACCACAGCCCUUUUGUCACUGGCCCCGUAUAUGAAUUACCAGUUUCGUGUCGUAUCUGUGAACGCUGUCGGAAGGAGCCAGCCUAGCAAACCAUCGCUGCGCUACGCGACACCUCCGGCUGCUCCAGACAAGAACCCAGAAAACAUCCGAGUUGAAGCUUCUGAACCAAAUGAAAUGGUGAUGAAAUGGGAGCCAUUGAAACCUGUGGAGAGGAACGGGCCGGGGCUGGAGUACAAAGUCAGCUGGCGGCAGCGGGGAGUCGAGGCGGACUGGAACGAGGAGAUGGUGAAGAAGCAUUCACUGACCCUGCGAAAUACUCCCACCUUUGUGCCUUACGAGAUCAAAGUCCAAGCAGUAAAUAAUUUAGGAUCUGGUCCUGAACCAAACGUUACCAUCGGAUAUUCAGGAGAGGACGUUCCAGAUGCUGCUCCUUCCGGCAUAUCGGUGGAUAUUGUGAACAGCACGCUGGUCAAAGUCUUCUGGUUUGGAAUACCAAGGGACAGAGUUCGUGGACAUUUAAGAGGCUAUAAGGUCAGUUGGUGGAAAACAAAAAGCAUGCUGGAUGGAAAAAGGCAUCACCCAGAGAAACACUUCCUAACGUUUGUAGGAGACAGAAACUAUGGGAUGAUUCCUGGUCUAGAGCCCUUCAGUGAAUUCCGCUUAACUGUUUUGGCUUACAACGCCAAAGGAGAUGGCCCGGAAAGCUCCCCCGUUGUGUUUGAAACUCCAGAAGGAGUCCCCGAACAACCACGUUUUCUAAGGAUCCUGAACUUUAACAAGGACUCCGUCACUCUGUCGUGGGGACUUCCCAAGAAAGCAAAUGGCCACCUUACUGGCUACAUUUUGCAAUACCAGAUAAUAAAUGAAACGCAUGAAAUCGGACCUCUGAACGAUGUCAGUGUAACCAACCGCUCCACGCUCAGCUGGAGGCUUUCAGGUCUCAGCUCCAGUACCAAGUACAAAUUCUAUGUGAAGGCUUGUACAGUCAAAGGCUGUGGGAAGCCGGUCACAGAAGAAGGACUAACGAUGGCUCAAGGGAGUAAAGGGAUCGGCAAGAUUUCAGAAGCAGUAAAGCCCACCCAAAAGUUUCACCCCAUUGAGGCACUUGAGCCUGGAACUGAAUAUACAGUUCGUCUAGUGACUAAGAAUUGGGUUGAUAACAAUAGCAUUUUUGAAGAUGUAAUUGAGACAAGGGGGAGAGCCUAUGCUGGCAUUUACGAUGGAAUUUCCACCCAGGGGUGGUUUAUUGGACUGAUGUGUGCCAUCGCUUUGCUCACCCUACUGCUGCUAACUAUUUGCUUUGUCAGAAGAAAUAAAGGAGGAAAAUAUUCAGUGAAAGAAAAAGAAGAUUUGCAUCCAGAUCCCGAAGCUCAAUCAAUAAAAGAUGAAAUCUUUGGGGAAUAUAGUGACAGCGAUGAAAAGCCGCUGAAAGGCAGCCUCCAGUCAAUUAACGGGGACAUUAAAGCCACUGAAAGUGCUGAUAGUCUGGUAGAUUAUGGAGAAGGGGAGCAUGGGAUGUUCAAUGAAGAUGGUUCAUUUAUUGGAGCUUAUUCUGGAUCUAAGGAAAAAGGAUCAGUGGAAAGCACUGGGAGUUCUACAGCAACUUUUCCUCUCCACGCCUAAAAUAGGAGCAAGAAUGAUUCAUGUUUAAUUGUGAUAUUUAUCUUGAUUAGUACUCCGCAGUUGCCACAUGUGAUUGGAAGCAGGUUGCCGGUUGAGCCAGUCAGGGACCUGACAGCCAGGUAAUACAAAAAUAAGUCACUGCCACUAAAAGAUGAUUUUCCAUCCUAAUUUCUAGGUGUUUUCUUCUAAUUAAAACAAAACAAAUAAUUUUUUCCUAUACAAAACAUCUUACUCGGCCUUACCAAAACAGAAUUUCUCAGUGUUACAUCUGUAUACUUAACUGCUACUGCGUGUGUUUCUUAGGUUUGGAAUAUGUUUCUCUGGAUAGUAUUUUUUUUUCCUGUAUGGCUGUUGUCACUUUGUACGUACAUUUAUAUGUAGUAUUCCCUCACGUACCAUGGCCUCGGCAUUGUAGAGGUUAUAACACAACAAGAAUAUCAAACAAAACCAACAGGUUACUCUGCAAAGUGACACAAUGCAUCCUACUGAGAAAAAUGAGAAUUUAAAAUACUGGAGAAAUAUAUUCUAUAUAUUGUAUAAUUUUUCAUAAAGAAAUAAACUCCUUUGCUUAUGAUACUCUAAAAUUAUUUUAGUGGUUACAGCUGACUGCAAUUACCAAUACUUAGAGAUGCAACUUUAUCCACAGAAAAAAUUGCUCUUAAAAGACAAAGCUCUGGCCUUGUGGAUGAAUCUUCUGACCAGUAGCUGGCACUAUUUCCUUAAAUAAGUUAAGCUGCAGUAUCUUUCCUGUGGCAAGGCAAAACAGGGUUCCCAUCCACCAUCAUUAGAAAAUAUUUUGUUUUCCCGAGUCUCUGCAAGCUGCAUUUCUAAGCAAAAUGCUUGUUGUCUGUCUCAUAUCUGUAUAUUUGUGCGCUAGCAUACAUUUCAUGGAGACGUUGUACAUAUGAUAUUAAUAUUGACACAAGUAAAAAUCAGCCUUGUUUUAUUUUGAAAUGAGACAUGUUGCUAGCAUGAGUCUGUAUAGCUGUGUAGGAAUGAAUAGAAUUGCUUCUCAAUAUGAGUUUGGACCAGCAAAACUAGUUUUCAGAAGGAGUUGUGUGUAUACCAGUCAUAUACAUCUUUCUAGUAUCACAUAAAAUAGACCUACCUGACUUUCAAGAGAUCAUUUAUUUUCAAGCUAUUCAUUGUUAAAUAAACAAAAGCAAAAGCAAAGAGAAAAUAUUAUGGUAUAGUUUCUUUUAUAUUUUGUUUACUGAAUGCUGGUUUAAAUCUGGUCCCUUUCCUUGCCUCUCCAACACUAACUCAGCAAAGCUGUGCAGCACAUUUUUUUGGUCUUUUUGUAUUGGAAUCUUCUGAAUUUCUUUAAAAGCAUUUGUAUUUUUUAAUAUGCUUAUUUGAGUAGAGUAUCAAUAUGGCUUCAUUUCUUCUUGCGCUUACAAAUGACUGUCACUUCAAUUAUAAUAGUUUUUAAAUAGUUACUGCAGGAGGAAUAGAUCCUAAAAGCCAUUUUGCAUCAUGAUAGUAAUUAGGCAAAUAUCCCGAUGGCUCCUUCAUGGUCUCCAUUACUGCAAUGGAAGAAAGAGAAGAAGCAAGAAUUACUCACACGGUUAUGAGUUUCCAGGAAGGGCUACAAUUAAGACCCGUUAGUUGCCCACAGAAAUGCAGGUUGUUACCAGUAGAAAGGCCACGGUUCGUACACAGCUCCCCUUACGCUGGGGCUUCUCCCCAGCGCUCAUCGAUUUUGGAAAGCAGUAAAUGGCCUUUGGUGCUCGAUGGUUCUGCAUAUCUGUUCCUCUAUUUUUCUUUUUUUUUUUUUAUUGUAGCUUGUAAGGGCCUUUCAUAUAGCCGCUAUUUGGGAAAAGCAAACCCCAAACAGCCAGCCCGAACCCCCCAGUGAUGCCGUGUGUAUGAGCAUAAAAAGAUGAGGCAAAAAUCACCCCACUCCACGUCAGUGACCCAAGACAUUAACUUUUAUUAUUUAUAAAGUUUUAUUUUCUGCAUUUCACUCAAUCCAAGUGCUGAAAAAGUCCAAAGUCUUUUUUAUUUUGGAAAAAAAAUCCAGCAUAAUUGGAGAAAAGUGAAAAUUGACAUCUCGUCAACAGAGACAUUUCCCACCAGAAUCUUUAUCUGCUGACUCUCGUCUGCUGCAGCCCCAACCCAAUAAAGUCUAAGAACUGAUUAGGCUCAUGACAACCUUUGUUGCAAGCCUCAGGCUGGUUUUAAUGUAUGCCCUUUAGGAAUCAUCCUCACCAGCGCAAGAUCGAGGGGCUUUGAAAUAGGAAGAAAAUUAGGGCUGUACCUGCGCCCGGCAGAGCUCUCCCACCCGCGGGGUCACUAACCGGGGCAGAGCUUUGGGCGGACACGCGUGGGUGAGGCUGGAUGCGACCCAUCCGCAGACACGGGUGUCCAUUUUCUUGUACUUUGAGUGGCUGUGGAUCAGCUAGGCUCUUUGUCCCGGAAAACAUCGAUGUUAAACAGACACAAAUUUCCAAUCUUAUUAGUGAGUGUCAAAUUAUUGAAUAAUGAAUAUAAAUCCCCUGUGCUAUCAAUUGUUCUGUUGCUGCUAAGGGAUGUUUAUGACAUUCCUGUGAUGUGCUACUCAUCUGUGCCAGUAUGAGUGCUUUUUCUAUUAAAAUUUUAAUUCAGAGCCUUAAAUCUUAAUGUUGGUGUUUCAUGAUGCCUUAGGGCCUAAAAAUCAUACAGUGACAAAAAGAUGUGCAAUAGAAUUUGUACAGUGUGCACUGACUUUUGAGGAAUAUGCCCAAUGAAUAUUAAACAAAUGGCUAAAACUCCCAGGGAAUCUCACUCACUUGAGCUUUUUUCUCUUUCCCAAUAAUUUCUUUUUCUUUUUUUUCUUCCCAUUGGGGUUUUAUUUUCUAUUGUAAGGGUACCACUCAUACGGUGUACCUUGGAAAGUGCAGGACACUAAUGGUUUUUUAGAGAUUUGCUUUCAAAAGUAAACUGACAUAGCAAGCUUAGAGUUUCCCGAGCAGUUUUUUUGUCAUCACCAGGAGAUGGGCUGCAUUUUUUUCUUGGGCAGUCUGUUACAGGUGAGAGGAAGUGGAGCCAUGUAGGCUGAAUAAAAAGUAUCGCUAACUGUACCGCAGGUCUGAAAUAGUACAUUAAAUCCAAUAAUUUUUUCUUAAACUCUGGCCAGGAGUGUUUAUUAAAAUCAGCUGAUGGAAAUCUGUGGAGAUUUCAUUAAUUAAUACCUAGCAGGGAAUUUCAGACUGCCUGCUAGGAGGAGGGAGUCAGGGACAGCCAGCCGUGCGAGCAUGCAAGCCAUGCCGGAGAGGGAAUUAUUAAUUACCCAGCACCGUGGCACUUAGUUUGGUUACAUUUGGUUACGAUAGGCCAUUACAUUUUGCUGGCAGUACAAGUGUGAGAGGGGAAAUGACACUUUCAGAUUUAAUAUCUUAGUCAACCCGGGAUGCAAUUUCAUCCAGCAAGGAGGAGGCAUUUCCCUGGCCCCCGGAAUCCUGGCUUGCGGAUUUAAGUAGCUGCUUCUAGAACGAGAGAGGGAUGGAUGUUUCUCAAAAAGUCAUGCAGUUUUGGCUGUGCAUAAGAUCAAGCAAAUAAAAUCAGCUCUUCCUAACUAUAUGGGAAGCCCUGCUGUGUGCUAGCUCCCAUGCAAGUGAGCCGUUUGCAUUCACAGAGCAGUGUACCAUUGAUUUGGUGUAGAUUGUAAUCUCAGACCUAAGUUUUUAUUUAAAAAAAAAUAUAUAUAUAAAAUGUAAUUGCAAAAUCAAGAACUUGUAGGAGUGGCUCCAGCUUCAGUCUCUGGCAAAAUUUGGGGGCCCAGUCUCAAGAAAUCCUCACUUGCGCUUGACUCUGCUCUUCAGCAAGGAUAACAGUACAGGACUGGCUAUCGAAGCCCUUCUGGGGCUGGAUCUUUAGGAAAAGCAGAAUUAGGAACUAAAUCAGAAAAUAACUUUCCCCUCUGGAUAAAAAUGUGUGUAUGCAUAAUAAAUUAAAAAAACCUUCUUUGUAACUUACAUUUUAAAUGGAUCUGAUUAGCAUAUCAUUUAAUGUUUUAUGAUAUUUGUUCUGUUCUUAUUACACAAAUUUUAAUGAGUAGCUCUUUUUCUGAUAACUACUUCCAUUGACUGAAUGGGUCAGAUCCCAUGCAUGAGAGGUUUUAAUAAAAGUUUUCAGGCCGAUCUUAUUUUUGAGACGAAAACAAAUACUAGCACAAUCUUUCUAUAUAAAAAGGUGGGGUUUUCUAGCAGUAAUUCCAUGUGCAGUUUUGUAAACUAAAGUUAGAAUAACAUUCACUGAUCCUUGCGUGCUUCUGAAAGGAAAUCUCAUCAUAAUUUUUUAUAGUCUUUUUUUUGCAGAUGAGUGGUAAAUUUACAUUAUUUUAUGUACCUGUAAGAACAGAUAUAAAGCAAGGAAAUUCUUCAUGGCAAGAGAAUUUCCUUUGUUUGACAAUGGAUCAAGCCCUCAGCUGCAUCUCUGUUAAUGUUUAGUAUUUCAAAAUAAGACAUAUAAACCGUGUUGGAGUACCAGUACAUGUUUACAUUGCAGCUCCGUAUCUUUCAUGUAAAAGUCUCAAGUGAUCUGCACUGAUUUGUUUGGUUUUCAGGCAGGAACCAGUAGGUGGGUUUGAGCCAAAGCAUACUGUCUGUUUUGUUUUUUGUUAUUAUUACUUUAAACAAGAUACUUUGUAAUUUCAUGAGAAAAGAUCAAAGCAAAUGUGGUGUCACCGUUCCAAUGUUACUUUUUGAGCUAAAUGUUAGUGUGCAUUUAUUAAAGUUUAGAGAAAUGUGUUGUACUGUAGUUGCUGUUUGUAUUAUGCAUAUGUGCACGUAUGGUUUUAAAAGAUAUUUUCAUUUUACAUGAAAUACAACUUUGCUAAUAAAAGUUUGACUUGAUGUAAUCUUCAAAA